UAUUGCGUUGCCCGUGAAAGCGAAGCAAAGCGUUGAAUUGGUCAGGCCUAAGUGGGGCGAGGGUGGUGAGGAAGCAAGGCAGAGGCUUUUUGGUCUCUUUUCUUUGCUUAUAGGAGAAUGCUUGAUUGGUUGGUCCAGCAGCUUAAGUCCUAAAUCUCCCCAUAGAAAUCCUGGCAUUUCUUAAGAGGCGUCAGGUCUGCCGGGGGCAUCACUGCCCUGCUGGAACAAGUAUUUUCUAUCAAGAUGGCAUCUACUGGUGAUCUGGAAGAGGUCAACUCUAGCAACACGUCACUGCUACCUGACUUGCCUAGUGGACCGCUCUGUGCCUACCGGAAGCAAGCAUCCUUCGAUUGGAAGGAGAUGGUAUUAUUCAUAGAAAAUGAAGAUCUCAUCCAUUUUAAGAACAGGAUAUUCUCAGCUUUUGAAAGUGAUCCUCUCUUUGCGCGUCUUCCUGGAGAAGAACUAUCCCUUGAGAAAUAUCGAGAGCUAACCUUCCUUCGCUGUAGAAGACUCUUUGAAUAUGAUUUUCUAAGACUAGAAGAUAUUGCAGAACAACCAUUAAGAAUCAUCGUGCUGAUUAGCUGCCUGGGGAUGUAUGAUUGGUCUCUUGGAACCAAAUAUCUGCUAAAUUCCCAGGUAUUCAGAAGUGUAAUUGAGAGUUCAGGUUCUGGAAGACAUAGAGAGUUCCUUACGCAGAAUGAAAAUAUGGAGCUUUUUGGGUGUUUUGCUCUGACUGAAGUUAGCCAUGGUAGCAAUACCAAGAAUAUGCGGACUACUGCUAAAUAUGACCCCGCUACACAAGAAUUUGUUGUCCAUUCACCUGAUUUUGAAGCUGCCAAGUUUUGGGUUGGCAACAUGGGAAAGAACGCCACGCAUGCAGUUGUCUAUGCACAGUUGUACACCCCAGAUGGACAGUGCCAUGGACUGCAUGCCUUCAUUGUACAGAUCCGGGAUCCAAAAACAUUGCUUUCCAUGCCAGGUGUACUGGUGGGUGAUAUUGGUAGGAAACUUGGACAGAAUGGUCUAGAUAAUGGGUUUGCCAUGUUUUAUAAUGUCAGGAUACCCAAAGAAAACUUGCUGAACCAAAUUGGAGAUGUCACAGCUGAGGGAACAUAUACAAGUGCAUUCAAGGAUUCCAGACAGCGUUUAGGAGCUUCCCUGGGUACUUUAUCCAGUGGAAGGGUUAUGAUUAUAGUUAUGUCUGUGGUCAAUUUAAAGCUUGCCAUAUCAAUAGCAAUUCGCUUCUCAGCUACUCGACUCCAAUUUGGACCAACAGACAAUGAAGAAAUACCAGUCCUCGAAUACCAAAUGCAGCAAUGGCGCUUGCUUCCCUAUUUAGCAGCUGCUUAUGCCUUAGACUAUUUCUCCAAGACACUGUUCAUGAGCUUCAUGGAAUUCCACAUAGGUCUUCUAAUGAAGGACAAGAGUCCACAGCAGGCUGAACUUGGGCGGGAAAUACAUGCCUUGUCUACUUCAGGCAAACCACUGUCUUCCUGGCUUGCACAACAAGGAGCUCAAGAAUGUCGAGAAGCUUGUGGGGGACAUGGCUUCCUAGCCAUGAAUCGUCUGGGUGAUAUCCGUAACGACAAUGACCCAAACUGCACAUAUGAAGGAGAUAAUAAUGUUCUGCUACAGCAGACUAGCAACUACUUACUGAUCUGGAUGAACAGAAAGCACCAAGGCAAUGGUCCUAUCACAUCACCACUGGGAUCAGUAGAUUUUUUGGAAGACUGUGACCAGAUUCUUUGCCAGAAAUUCACAGUGUCAAAUGUUCAAGACUGCAUGGAUUCUUCAGUACCAUUAAGAGCCUACAAGUGGCUAGUUUGUUACUUACUCCGGGAGAGUUUUCAAAAGCUGAGGGACCAGGAACAACGUGGUUGUACAGAAUUUGAAGCAAGGAACAACAGCCAGGUGUACUACUGUCGUUCUUUAGCGAUAACUUUUAUUGAACACACUGUUUUGCAAAGAUAUCAUGACUACAUUCACAGUUCCGACACACCAGAAAGCCUUCGGCUGGUACUGAAGCAUCUCUGUUCUCUCUAUGGACUGUGGUCUUUAAAUAAGCAUAUGGCUGUGCUUUACCAAGGAGGCUACGUUUCAGGUGAGAAGGCUGGUCAAGUUGUCCAAGAUGCAAUUCUGGAACUUUGUUCAAAGCUGAAGCAAGAGGCCGUGGCUUUGGUGGAUGUUAUUGCUCCUCCUGACUUCAUUCUAAACUCUCCAAUUGGCAGAGCAGAUGGAGAGCUUUAUAAAAAUCUGUGGAACUCAGUCUUCCAAGGCAAUAAGGUGCUGGAGAGACCAUCCUGGUGGCCAGAAUUUUGUAUCAAUAAACCUGUUGUAGGUAGGCUGAGGUCAAGAAUGUGAAAGGUAAAGUGUAUAGGAAUGUCCCUGGAAGGGACUGAAUGCUUAAUCUGUCCAUAUGUGUGAAAAAGAUCAUGUUUCAGCCAUCGUUUUAUGCAACUCUGAAGCAACUGAUGUUCUGCUACCUUGUUUAAUUUAUAGUUGAACUGAUGCUAAUAAUGUGGUGGGUUUUUUAAAUUCUGUAAAUCCUCUUCUAUAUUAUUUACAUUUUAACUGAAAGUAAGCAGGUACCUGAAGCAGCUGAAUUCAGAUUAUCUAAGUUUAAAUUAUGUUAAAUGUAAACUUAAUAUAUGUUACUAAAUAAACAUCUUACAUCUGCUCAA